UUUAGUUCAAGUGUGUGUUCAAUAAGAAGUUAAACGUUUACUGAGCAACAUCGUCUGUGUCGUGUUGUCCGUGUGCUCGCCCGUGUCGUCAUUAUUGCGCGCACCCAACGAAGAAAAGAAAAAAAAAACGAACGAAUAUUUUAAUUUUUUUUCAAACAUAUAUUUAAUUUGUGAUAUAAACACCAUCAGCCAACAACAAAAGUUCUCAUUUUCCGGAAUAUUAUUUGCCAUACUCAUCAUCGUCGUCAACACUGUCUCAUUAUCACCAUCAGCAUCGUUGAGUCAACAACACACCAAAGCUAUUUUCGAAUAUCAACAACAUUGCCUGUGGUGCCGCAAAACAAAUCAACAACAAAAUAUUAUUAACAAAAAGCUUUAAAUCUGUGACUGUCUUCCAAUAAACACUCAAUCAACUACGAAAUCAUCACCUCAAUGUUAUCCCUAUGAUACGAUUGUCGAAUUCUUAUUCUCUUAUCAUUGGAUUAAAUUGACGUGAAAUCUAGCAGCAACAACGAGGCGAACGAAAAAUAUUCUCCAAAUUGUUACAACAAAAUCAAAAUGAAAAUGCUUCCGGUACAGUUAUCACUGAAUCCGCCUUUAGGCUUAUGGAGCGAUAUGUUGUGGCGCUGUCCUCCAGCACAGCCCAGCCAAUUGGCCGAGCUUAAAACACAAUUGCCACCAUCACUGCCGUCAGAUCCACGCCUGUGGAGUCGCGAAGAUGUGGCCGUAUUCUUGCAUUUCUGCGAACGUGAGUUCGAUUUGCCCAAAGUCGAUUAUGAUCUCUUCCAAAUGAAUGGUAAGGCAUUGUGCCUGCUGACACGAGCUGAUUUCGGACAUCGGUGUCCGGGAGCUGGCGAUGUCUUGCAUAAUGUCCUACAAAUGCUGGUGAUCGAAUCGCAUAUGAUGCAGUGGCAUUUACCAAAUAGUCCUGUCACACCAACCAGCCGUUACCCCCUUUCGCCGCACAGCCAUCCACCUACCCCGACUUGGCCGCCCAUAGGAGCGCCAGAAAGUGCCUUUCAUCAGACCUCUCAUUUAGCUCCACAUCAUUUCAUGGCACCCAAUUCGGUGACCCUCAGUCCCCCGCCUUCCGUAGAUUCGCAAGCCAGUAGCCCGCCCCAAAGCCAUGAUCAAUCACAACCACAACAGAAUGGAACAUCAAAUUCACCCUCUUCCUCGUCGUCGUCAUCAUCAUCGUCGUCGGCACACAAUGGCAACAGCAGUAGUAGCAGUAGCACAAGUAGCACGGGUAGCACUUCAUCAGCUUCUGCAACAGCUACAGCAGCUGCGGCGGCAGCAGCAGCAGCGGCGUUGAGCGCCAACAAUGCUUUCAGUGCCUUAAAGCAUCAGCACCAGCAACAACAACAGCAGCAGCAGCAACAUCAUAAUGCCACCAGUGCCAGUAGUCAUCAUUCGGAUUCAGAUGAAGAAAGCUAUUCUGAACCACCUGCAGCCAACAGUACAAUUGUGAACUUCUCCGCCCAAUCGUAUCAAGCGGCAGCCGCUGCUGCCGCAGCCGUGGCCCAGUAUAACAACAGUCCGCCCACAACGCCCAUACUCAAGGAUAUGCCACAAAGCCUGAAGCAACAGAUCAAGAACACCUUUGUUAAUUCGUGGUCUCAGCAGCAACAACAACAACAGCAGCAACAACAUUUGAAUUUGGAACAGCAAAAGUUACCCAAUCUGGGCGGUGGUUCGGUAUCAGCUCCCACCACGCCAAGCUACAUGCAACCAGUGAAAAGGGAGUUCUUCCCCGACAAAACUGACAAUCGUUAUAUGCAACCAGUAAAACGUGAAUUUUUCCCAGAAAAUACAGAACCCAAUACAAAUGGUCGCUUGCUGUGGGACUUCUUGCAACAGUUGCUCAACGACCGCAACCAGAAAUACAGUGACUUGAUUGCCUGGAAGUGCCGUGAUACUGGCGUCUUUAAAAUUGUGGAUCCUGCUGGUUUGGCCAAAUUGUGGGGCAUUCAAAAGAACCAUUUGUCCAUGAAUUAUGACAAGAUGUCACGUGCCUUGCGUUACUAUUACCGCGUCAACAUUUUGCGCAAAGUCCAAGGUGAACGUCAUUGCUAUCAGUUCUUGAGAAAUCCCACGGAACUGAAAAACAUUAAAAAUAUUUCCCUGCUACGACAAUCUGUGGGCCAGACCAAUGGCACAAAUGGCAGUCCUGGGGCUACUAAUUCCAAUGGUAGCAACUCUAAUGUAAAUCAAUCACCAUCAUCAAUUACAAACUCACCAACCUCCAACGGUACCAACUGGGCUAUGCCAACGCAAACUCCAGCCAGCCAAAUGCAGACUCCACAGAGGCCCUCAUCACAAGGCAAUCCCAAUCACUUGACUUUGCCCAAUAGCAUAUCAUCGGCUGCCGCUGCCGUGGCAGCAGCUGCUGCUGCCGCCUAUGGCCCACCACCAUCAUCACCGCUGUUCAUGCAUGCCAUUAAUGGAGCUUUCCACUAUCUGUCCUCCAACGGUGUGCCACCGAAUUCCCCAGCCGCUCUGCCCACAACACCCAAUGACAAAUUUCAGUUCAAUAUCAUGAAAAACGAACAAAAUUCAGUAACAUCGCACGAGACAUCCGGUGCAGCAUCCGAUGAAAUGAAACCCACAGAUUUGAGUGUGAGCGGCAGUAGUAGUGUCGAGAAGAGACCCUAUUCCAGUCCAUCAGCUAAUGACGAUUGCUAUCCAUUGAUACGAAAUGCUGAUGGCUUGACCACAAUUAAAUUAAUACGUUACAAUGAAAGCGAAGGUGGAGCUGGAACUCAACAGCAAAAUUCAGGCCUGAAUGACAGUAACGACAACCAACAGCAGCAACAGCGCAAUACACCAACGCCCAUGGACAGUGAAUCCAGUGAAAUGGAAUCCAGUCCCAGCCAUGACAGCAUGGGCGCCACAGAUUUGAGAAAGUAAUUUCCUUACAUCCCCCAUAGAAAGCAAAGCUGAAAGGAAAUACGCAUUAAAGAAGAAUAUGUUCAAAAAAACACCACGACAAUCAUUUUAGGACUGGAAUAUUUCCAAGAUUACAGAUUGACACAAACGAUGUACAUUUUCCAUAGGUAACUUAGAACGACGUUUGUGUACUGUAGCUGCUGUUACUGUACUCUGAAAUAUAUACCUCGAUUGAUUGUUGUGAUUAGGAAAACAAAAGCCACAAACAAAGAUUGGUCUUCGUUUCUUUCUGUGUAAAUUUUCCAAAAAAAAGAACAACAAGAAAUGUUUAUACUCUGUAUUUAAUUUUGUUAAAUUGUUAGGAAAUUACGAAAUGUGCCAAUUUAGAAGUUUAUCUUUUCUUAUUCUAAUGUACAAUUUAUUACAAAAAUAGGUAUUUUUAAAUAGAGGAGUAUAAGAAUAUAGGACUCCUAAAUGAAUUCUUAUUAAAAACACAGAUGAAUUGAUGAUUUUCCCCCUAAAACUAUAUAAGCUAUGCAAAUAAUAGAACCAUGUCCCCUCCUAUUGUUAACGAUGGUUUCGUAAUACCUCCAAUCGACCCCCACACCUCUUCCCUAAUGAUGACCCCCUAUGAAGAAUAAGAACAAAAAUUGUUACUUGUUAUAUACAUGCAUACAUACAUACAUAUUGAAAUCAAUCAAUUUAUAAAGAAAAAUAACUGUAUUUAUUAGAAACAAAGCUUUUUUCACCCUGGAACAGCUUUAACCAAUUUGAAAUUUGUCUAAGAAAAAAAAUAUAAAUAAUUAUAAAAAUACAAUACAAGAAAUAAUAAUUGCAAACAAAAUGUGAUAGCAAAAAAUUAUAAAGCAAUGAUUAACAAAAUGGAGAGUAUAUACCACACGAGAAAAAAAUAGAAUUCUUUAUUCAAAGUACACAUAUCCUUUUUUGUAUUAACAUUAACAAAAAAUUCUGUUCAAUGAAUUCGCUUAUUGAUUGUUCUUUCACUUAAUUUGUCUUUACUCCUUAAAAUCCCAUUUAAAACUGGAUUUUGCUUUCCUAAGCCUAGCUUUGGAAAAUCCAGUCAUUGGAAACAAACUGAAUCAAAUGUCUUCGUUUUACAAUCAUUUCGCAUUGUUUAAAAAAUAAAACAAACGAAAAACUCUUCCCCCCUUGGCUUCCAUUAAGAGUAAUUUCUGUUUUUUAUACACAUAUACAUACUUAUAUAUUAAAUAUUUUUUAAAUAAGAACUUUAGCAGAAAAGGAAAAUCUGAUAUAAAAUUGCUUUAAUAUUUUCAGUAAUUUAAUGAUUUUUUUAUUAAAAUAAAAAGAAAAUCAAAUCGUAUUUAUCUUAACAUUUUAUGUAGUUUUUAAACAAUAUUUUUUAUGAUUUUUCAUUGUUUUCUCUUUUUUAUUUUUAUUUUUUUCUAUAAAAAUAAGUUUAGUAAUAGCCAACACCAUUGUAAAUAUCUGAAACAAGAAAAAAACAAAACGAAUUACAAUAAAUACAAAUGUUUUAUUAAAACCCUAAACCAUAAGAUCAAACAAAAAUAUUCAACACAAUUUUUACAAUUUAGCCUUACAACAAUAAAAGGGAAAAACAUGCAUAUAUACAUACAACAACACUUAUAUUUACAUACUUACCAUUACAAAUACAAAACGGAAGUGAAGAAGAAAAGAAAAUCAUAUAUUUACACAAUUUACAAAAACAAAAAGAACAUUUUGAAUUUGUUUCUUUCUGGAAAACCAACCCCCACAUUUUUAGCUUUAAUUUAAUAGCUUAUAGCUGUAUUACCAAUUAAUUAAUUUAAUUAAACACAAUGAAAAAAAAACAACAACAAAUGCAAAUUAUACCAUGAAAUAUAAGUAGUUGAAUAAAACAAAAAAUAUUUUUUUCUUUUGUCUUCAAAAAUAAAAUUACUUUUAAAACAAACAAAAAA